UUAGUACGCACUGAAUAUAGAUUUCAUAAUUUAAUAUUACGAAUGCAACCAUGUUUGUACUAAAAGUAAUAAGUUUAGUACAAAAACAAACUGUAGGACGCAACGCAAAACAUGAAAGUAAUUUUUGUUUUAAAUAGAAAUAAAUAAAUUUAUAUAAUAAAUAGAAAAUUAUAAAACUAUAAUGAUGGCGCGGCGUGGUGGUAAACGUAUACGUAUGGAUGAUCCACCGCCGGAAUAUGAAGAAGGACUACAAGGAGACCAAUUGAAUGAAAGCAUUUCUGAUGGAGAUAGUCCAACAAAACGUAUGACACGUUUACGUGCAAGAGGUGGCGUUCGCGAUAAACCACCUAUUAUUGAUGAUGACGAGGAUGAUUUCUAUGCACCAGUGGUGCGUAAAAGAAAACAGCCAACACAACGUAAGCCACCAGGCGAAAAACGUGAGCGUGCUGAGCGGCCACGAAAAGAACACGCUGAAAAGGAACAGGAGCGAAUUGAUAUUGAACGCGAUGUUACCACAGAUGAAAAUAGUUUAUAUUUUAUAGUCCGCCAUUCCAAGGCAGCAAUAGCCAGCAUUGUUGACGAUUGGAUAGAACAAUAUAAACAGAAUAGAGAUUCGGCUCUUAUUUCGCUAAUGCAGUUUUUCAUCAACGCUAGUGGUUGCAAAGGAAAAAUAUCAUCUGACAUGCAACAUCCAAUGGAGCACACUGCUGUCAUACGUAAAAUGACUGAAGAGUUUGAUGAGGAAAGUGGUGAAUAUCCUUUAAUAAUGUCGGGUCUGCAAUGGAAAAAGUUCAAAAUGAAUUUUUGUGAUUUUGUGCAAACGCUUGUAAAACAGUGUCAAUACUCCAUAAUAUAUGAUCAAUUUUUAAUGGAUAAUGUUAUAUCACUUUUAACUGGGUUGUCGGACUCUCAAGUGCGAGCCUUUCGUCAUACAGCAACAUUAGCAGCCAUGAAGUUGAUGACGGCCCUAGUGGAUGUGGCACUUUUAGUUUCAAAUAAUUUUGACAAUGCGGCUAAGCAGUACGAGGCGGAGAGAGUAAAGUCACGUGAUCGUCGUGCUUCAGACCGUUUAGAGUCCUUAAUGGCAAAGCGUGCUGAAUUGGAAGAAAAUAUGGAUGAAAUAAAGAAUAUGUUAACAUACAUGUUUAAAUCCGUCUUUGUGCACCGUUAUAGAGAUACGUUGCCUGACAUACGUGCAAUUUGUAUGGCGGAAAUUGGGGUUUGGAUGGAAAACUAUCCACAAAACUUUUUAGAUGACUCUUAUCUUAAAUACAUUGGUUGGACUCUUCAUGACAAAGUCGGCGAAGUGCGGUUACGUUGCUUACAGGCGUUAUUACCGCUUUAUGAUAAAAUUGAGUUAAAAGGCAAAUUGGAGUUGUUCACCUCAAAGUUUAAAGAUCGUAUUGUUGCGAUGACACUGGACAAGGAGUUUGAAGUUGCUGUACAUGCAGUCAAACUUGUUAUAAGCAUACUAAAAAUACAUCCUGACAUACUGGCAGAUAAAGAUUGUGAAAUUGUUUACGAACUGGUGUAUUCUUCUCACCGGGGCGUUGCACAAGCUGCUGCAGAAUUUCUUAAUGUACGUCUAUUUCAUUUAACUGCUGAUAUGGAAGAGUCGAAAACCAGACGCGGAAAAUUACGAUUACCCAAUACACCGUUAGUACGCGAUUUAGUACAGUUCUUUAUUGAAUCUGAACUGCAUGAACACGGUGCUUAUUUGGUUGAUUCAUUUAUAGACAGCAAUCCGAUGGUCAAAGAUUGGGAAUGUAUGACGGACUUAUUGUUAGAGGAACCUGGCAUUAAUGAAGAAGUUUUAGAUAACAAACAGGAGUCUACAUUAAUAGAAAUAAUGGUCAGUAGUGUUAAACAAUCAGCAACUGGUGAGGCACCGGUUGGGCGUGCAAGCAAUCGUAAAGUCACACUGAAUUCAAAAGAACUAAAAGCAAUACAGGAUGAAAAAACUAAAUUAACUGAACAUUUUAUUAUAACAUUGCCACCUCUAUUAGAAAAAUAUCAAGCAGACAGUGAGAAAUUGACAAAUUUACUUGCUGUUCCACAAUAUUUCGAAUUAGAUAUUUACACUACAAAUCGACAGGAGGCUAACUUACAAGCAUUAUUAGACAAAAUAAGUUACAUAAUGUCAGUGCAUACAGAUCGUGAGGUACUCGAAGCAUGCUCUAAAACACUUGAAUAUUUAUGUACAGAGGGUAGUGCUACGUAUACGCGUUGUGAUGUAGCGCGUUCAAAUAUUAUUGAUACAACCGUUAAUAAAUAUAAAGAUUCCAUUGACGAUUGGCGUACGAUUAUUGCAGCUACGGACACACCAAAUGAAGAUGAAAUUCACAAUGUUAUUAUAUCAUUGAAAGUUGUAUCUAUAUUAUUUUCAUCACACAACUUAAACCCUUGGAGUUUGUUUGACUCACUAUUUCAAGAUGUGGACGAAAUUCAAUCAAAGAAUAGCGAAGAAGUACAUAUACCUAGUGAAGCAAUUGUGUAUUGCAUAGAAGCUUGCUACUAUUCCAUAAGUUGGGGUCUAUACUACUUGGAAAAUCAAUGUGAAAAAUCCAAUCUUGAAGAAAGUACCGCCGAGUUAAAGUCCCAUUUGAAUAAAUAUAUGGCAGCGUGUUUCGAAUUAACACGUGAUGGACCUACAGAACCCAUACAAGAAGCUGCUUAUCAAUCGAUUUGUGAUUUACUAAUUGUAUUUUCGGAUCAGUUAUGUCGGCAUGACAUGGAACCGCUUCGCACAUUAGAAUAUAAAUCCACAUUAGAUGAACAACUGAUUUUAAAUAAUUUUGUACAACACUAUGUAUUUUCGUUAAAGCAAGAGGUUGUUCAAGAUGAAACGCGUAUCGAAGAACUGCAUAAAAAGCGCAAUUUCCUUGCCUCAUACUGUAAACUUAUCGUAUACAACAUCAUACCAACAAGAACUGGUGCUGGUAUAUUCAAAUAUUAUGUUAAAUGUUAUAAUGAAUAUGGAGACAUCAUUAAAGCAACUUUGGGCAAAGCUAGAGAAAUUAAUAAAAUUAACUUUGCGCUUACAUUACUUUUAAGUUUAAUUGCAAUCUUCAAAGAUUUACAACAACAAUCAGAAAAUAAUAGCGUUUCGCGAAAUUCUCAUGAAUUUGCGGAUUUAAAGGAAUUGGCUAAACGUUUUGCAUUGACAUUUGGCUUUGAUGCCAUUAAAAAUCGUGAAGCCAUAGUUGCAGUGCAUCGUGCCGGUAUACUUUUUGCUGUCGGAGAAGUAUCCGAUGACCCUGUUGCGGCACCAAUUAGAUUACUGUUUCUUGAAGUUCUUAACGAAUUCAACAACAAACUCUUGAAACAAGAUAGAAAAGUGAUUUACAAUUUUCUUGAACGCCGAAUUUCACCUGGUAUGCCAUCGAGCAGAGCUGAAGAAUGGCAGCCAUUGGUUAUGUAUCGUAAUGCAUUAUUACAUGGUGAAACAGAUCAAGCACCGGCAACUACAAAACGUGCUUACACUAAAAAACGACGAGAUCAUGAUGAUGAUGACGACGAGGAGGAUGAAGAAGAAGAACAUAAUGAUCCAGAUUACAGAGCUUAAUAUGUUAAUAUAAAUAAAUAUGUAUGUAAAAUUAAACAAAAUUAUAAAAAAAAAAAAUUUAAAAGUAUUAAAAGCAUGACAUUAAGAUUAAAGAUGAUAAUAUUGGCCACAGGAAAUUCGUAACAAUUCGAGGGAAGAUUUGAAAGUGUAAAACACAAUGGUUAAGUAAGGUUGGAUAGGCAGUUGCGCACAACAAAUAAACGUUGCGAUACAACGAAUAAAAGUUGUGAUACCACGAGUAAACGUUGUAAUACGACUAAACGUUUUAAUACAACGAGUAAACAUUUUAAUACAACGAGUAAACGUUGUGAUACAACGAGUAAACAUGUUCGAACGCUAGGCUUAUGUUAUACCACUAGAUAUAGAGACUGAAAUUGUUAGUGCAUUGAUAACGUUAUAAAACAUUAUUGACAUAAUCAUCAACAUCAGUAGUUCCUGUAUCUCCCAUUGGAGCAUAG